AUGUCGAACAUGUCAAGGGGUUGAGUGCCGAAGUCUUUAUGGGAAAGUGGUUUUCGUCGCGGGGGGGUGAGAAAAGAGCAAGGGAAAAAUUCAAGAAAGUCUGAUCACACGUGGGUCAUGACUACGUCGUACAUCGCGAGUAUGUAAUUCGAGUGGCCUUGGUAUUUCACAGUUCGUUCCUUGUGUUCAGGGUUGCAUGGGACGAGUGUCGUCCGUGAGACGAGUGUUGUUAAUGUCAUGCAUGCUCCUCAGGGAACGUGAGUCCUUCCUGAGAAUACUUUAGAAUACGGUCGGCAAAUUGGUUGAUAGCUAUUCAAAUAAACUGCGGUUAAACGGUGCAGCGUAUGUGAGCUCCACUUUCAGUGGACAUCAGCCGCAACCUCGGAAUAAAAAUAUUUAAGUGAAACCGUAGCACUUCGAACGGUCGAAAGCCCGUAAGCUCGAGAACGGCCUGAAAGUUCACAAUGAUCGAACAAAUAACUAAAAAUCGAAUAAAUAAAAGCAAUAAAUAUUUAUCGAUUUUUUAGGAUAAAAAAUAUUAAAGCUUGAGUUAAAACGAGGACAUGACGAAGCGGUGUAAAUAAGAGACCUCGGAGCACAAAUGAUCUCGUUCGGAAGCAAAAAUUUCAAAAAGAUUCUCAGAAUAAAUGGGAGAAAAAGAAUAUUUUUAAGACUAAAGGGAAGGGAUAUCACCAUGAGUCUCUGCCCACGGAGACGCUUUCGCAUCACUCCUAUGCGAGCUCUGGCGGCAUUCUUCCUGAUGGUCGUGCUGUUCUGGUAUAGCCUCAGUCGGCAAGAAAUUCCGCAGCAGCCGUGUAGCGUGCCCGAAGAAUUUACCGAAAAGUUACACGAUCUCGCUUACAGGGCUCACCUGGUCCUCACGAAGUUGGGCAUCGUACAUUUUCUCUGCCUGGGUGGCCUUUGGGGUCAAGUCCGAAUAGGCCGUGCACUACCGUGGGCUCGUAAAGUGGAGCUAUGUUUAGUCGACACGCUCCGCGACGAUGUCUUAAUCACGAAAGCCUUCCGGGAAGUUGGUCUGAGUGCAACUUACCUUCACGCGGCGGGGAUUUACAGGAUACAGGAGCACGAGGUCGGCGAGGACGCACCCAAGGUGGAGGUGGUCGUUUUCGAGGAGGACGCAGUGACGCAGAUGGUGAGGAGGGUCGGCUGGACCAGAAGGGUCCUGCCUCCGGAUUGCGAAUUCUCGCCGAGUCUACAGUGCUUUCCGCCACAAUUAGUAAUACCUCCCCUACCGACGAAACAAUUCGGCGGCCGACUGAUGCCCGUGCCACGAGAAGGCAUAGAAUUACAGAAGUAUCAUUAUCCCAACGACUGGUGGCUGGAGAUCAAGCCCACUGACUGUACCGAGCCCCAAGAGACGAACGUGUAGUGUACAAUGGUGGUGCAAUUAGUCCUAGUGCGAUAUUAGAACACUGUAAUAAUUCGCUAGGUCAGGACAUCUAAUCGUUGUUCAGUCAGCUUGGAUACGAUCCAGUUAUGGUUUAAUUGAUUUACAGCAACCAAUUAAUUAGCUUGGACUUUAAUGAAGAAAGGUACCGAGGUAUUUUGUUAUGACCGAGAAUACUUUCUAUAGAAGUAGACACGAUGAAUAGAAAAUGUGCAUGUGAUAACGACGGUAGAUUUUGUGUUACCGUGUAAUUGUUUCUAGAUCUAAUUUAGUCUUCUAAAAGGUUCGAUCGACGUACACAAAGUGACAAUGCAAUUACUGCUUAUAGAAAGUACUCAAGUGCUGUCAUCAAAUUAAACGUACGGUAGUAUUAUUGGUAGUGAUUGACUGCGCUACUCGUAGCGAUUGUAUUGUUAGAUGAUUGCAAACAGAUUAAAAUUAUAAGUCAUCUUUUCUAACCAUUUCCUAUUCGUGAGAGUUUUCCAUUAUUAUUGUCAUAUGCUAUUUUCAUCCUGCAUUUUUCUCUUUGGUUUCUCUUAAGCUGGCUUUUAAUUGUUAAGUGACUUUGUAAUUAAAACUUUAUAAGUCGGUAAUUUGUAUUUACUAUAUACAAUUGAAAUUAUGGGACAACUUUGUACGCAUUUUGACGCAUUUUACACAUCUUAAAAAAGUCUUUCUUCGUUAUUUAAGCUGGGAAUUUUUAAACGCAGUAACAUUUACACUACCAUAAGUGCUGAGAAGGUUAAAGUACAUGUAUUUGAAUACAUGUUUAAUGUUCAUAUAUUCUUCGAGGCGCAAAGUACUCUAUACGUAAUCGUGAAAAUUUAUAGGGAAAAUAUACAAUGAAAGAUAAACUACGUAUACUUAAAAGGCAUUGCUAACUUUAACUUACAAUUAGUUAAUUGUACAACUUAUUUACACGUUUAUAUACAAUGCGCUUUUUAUAUGAGAGAAUGUCUUCUUAAAAUGACGUACUUCGUUUAAGCGAUUAAUUAUGGAUAACUGUUACUUCAAUAGGCAAUCUUGUUACAAUUUAUUAUAAGCUGUAAUGACAUCCGUAAUUAUUAUUCAGUGUAAAAUGGUGAGAAACAAUAAUACGCAAUUAUAUGUAUUCGUUGUACUUUUACUGUUCGCGCGUAAACUUGUGUUAAUACAAUUAUCAAUGUAAUUGUAACAAUACACCUCGUGACAUUACAAUUACAUCCCGAAAUCUUCCGGGGGUUGAAUAAAAAUCUGUAAAGUAUA